UGUGUAUUCCCAGGUGCUUUUAUGAUUCCUUUUAUUAUCCUGCUCGUCCUGGAAGGGAUACCACUAUUGUACCUGGAGUUUGCCAUCGGUCAACGCCUUAGAAAGGGCAGUGUAGGGGUUUGGGCUGCAAUUAACCCCUACUUGGCUGGAGUUGGUAUUGCAUCCAUGACUGUGUCAUUCUUAGUGGGCAUGUACUACAACACCAUCAUCGCCUGGGUGAUGUGGUACCUCUUCCAAUCUUUCCAGAGCCCACUGCCAUGGAGCCAAUGCCCUCUCAAUGAUAAUCGUACAGAUCUAGUGUCAGAAUGCAAACGCAGCUCUCCAGUGGACUACUUUUGGUACAGAGAAACACUGAACACCUCAGAGAAUAUUGAAGCGAGUGGAGGUCUGCAGUGGCAGAUGGUGCUGUGUUUGGUUGCAGCUUGGAUUGUGCUCUAUAUCUGCUGCAUUCGAGGCAUUGAGACCACAGGCAAGGCUGUGUACAUCACCUCCACUUUACCAUAUUUGGUCCUCACCAUCUUCCUCAUCCGAGGACUGACUCUGAAAGGGUCUGUAGAGGGAAUCAAGUUCCUCUUCACACCACAUGUGGAUGAGUUGAUGAAUCCAUCGACAUGGUUGGAUGCAGGAGCCCAAGUGUUUUAUUCCUUCUCCCUAGCUUUUGGAGGUCUCAUCGCAUUCUCCAGCUACAACCCUGUUCACAAUAACUGUGAGCAAGAUGCUGUUAUCAUCUCCAUCAUUAAUGGCUUAACUUCUAUCUUUGCUGCCACUGUCAUCUACUCCAUCAUUGGCUUCCGGGCAACAGAGCAGUUCGAUGCCUGCGUUAAUGAAAACAUUGUGAUGCUGCUGAAUGCAUUUGAUCUAGCUGAGGGGACCAUCACAGAGAGCAACUAUGAUGAAAUGCUGCAAAAGCUCAACAGCACAGUCUCAGGAUUAGAGAUAAUUCAGGGGCUGGACCUCAGCUCCUGCAGCCUGAGGUCUUUUCUCAGUGAUGGAGUGGAGGGAACGGGUCUGGCCUUUAUUGUGUUCACAGAGGCCAUCACAAAGAUGCCCAUUUCUCCCCUCUGGUCCAUUCUCUUUUUCAUCAUGCUCCUCUGUCUCGGGCUCUCCACCAUGUUUGGAGCUAUAGAGGGAGUUGUGGUUCCUCUGCAGGACCUAAAUAUCUUUCCUAAGAAAUGUCCUAAAGAGGUGGUCACAGGAAUCGUAUGCCUCUUUUCCUUCCUGAUUGCGCUCAUCUUUGCACUGCGGUCUGGUGAUUACUGGUUAGCACUCUUUGACAGCUUCGCAGGCUCCAUCCCUCUACUCAUUAUCGCCUUCUGCGAGAUGAUUGCUGUAGCCUAUCUGUAUGGAAUGGAUAGGUAA